AUGUCGCAAGUACUCAUCGGUGUGGGCACAGACACGCUGCUACAGGGACAGUUCAAGAGCCUGGCCAUCUACCUGCUUUUUUCAGGAAUAGCCAUUUCUGUGUGUGAAGCAGCUUAUUUCGCCAGCCUGCUCUUGACCUCCUGCUCUAUAUCCAAGAUGAGGCCCAUGGUGCACACUUGCUGGAAGCAAGCCAGGCGUCGUGGGGCCUUCCAGAAGUUCCUGGCCUAUCUGCUGCUCUCAGUAGCUUGUUUCCUGCACCCUGUAAUUGUUUGGCAUGUCACUAUCCCAGGCGCAAUGUUAGUGCUCACUGGUCUGGCAUAUUUUCUGCUCAGUAAACAACAGAACAAAACAGCAGCAGAUGGAACACAGGGCCAGUACAGUGACCCCUGCAGUACAGCUGUAACUAUGAUGGGUGCAGAUGACACUGCACAAACAUACACCUUUCCCAGGGAAGCAAGAAGAGGGCAACACAGACCCCUCUUUGGAUGCCUAAGGAGCAUCCUCAAAGGUGGCAAGAAACAGGAGGCUGUCAUGAAUUCUUCACCCAUAGUGUCUUCAAGGAGGCAGAGACACUUGGAGGAGAAAACAGUGAAUAUAAUCCUCUCUGUUAAAGAAAAUGCAGAAGAGCCAGAGAGCCUGGCUGAGGAAAACACAUCAGACACAGCUCCCAUCCUUGCUCCCCAGGUGUGAUAUAACAGCAGCAAGACGAAGAGUGGGUUCUUUCUGCUGCCUUCAGUAUCCUGGAGAUGUGCUUCCCUGUGAUCCCAGCAUCUGGCCCCAA